CUUCUAUAUAAAGCUGAAGAAGGGUUAAGUUCUCCUUGUACCAAAAAAAAAAGCGCCAAGUUCUCUGUGAGCAGCGAAGAGAACGCGCCAGAGCAGAGGAAGAUGAUUAUCCCCGUCCGUUGUUUCACCUGUGGAAAGGUCAUUGGAAACAAAUGGGAUCCAUAUUUGGAUCUUCUGCAGUCAGAUUACAGUGAAGGAGAUGCACUGGAUGCUUUGGGGCUAGUUCGAUACUGUUGUAGGCGCAUGCUUAUGACCCACGUUGACCUCAUUGAGAAGCUGCUGAAUUACAACACUCUGGACAAGUCUGAUACCAGUUAAGAACACUCAAGUUGCAUUGCAUGCCUCUGUUCAUGUGUCAACUGUGGGUCUAGUUUGUAUGCUGUCAGUUUUGUUUAUUAUCCAUUAUUGAGAGUGGCUAUGAAUGAUAUGGUGCAGCUCAUGUUAAUUUCUUAUUUGACUUUAGAUAGUGUGAUGCAAAGCUGUUCUUUGGUACUGAUGUAUUAACUAUACACUAUUAUGAAAGACUAAAUUGUAAAA